AUGUUGGUACUCAUUGCCAAAAGUUCUAUGGCAAGAGAAAAACACAACAAUGAUGAUGGUGAUGAUGAUGAGCUCAUGGAACGUAAAUUCACUGCUCGUGAAUUAAUUGCAGCACUUGCUUACAGGCAAUUCAGACAACGAGAUCAAAGCUCCUCCCCAACUAGCGAAUUCAGUACCUUUCCAGACAACUCAGAUGCAAGCGAAUAUUUGAGUAGCUAUGUACCAUCAAAUGGCUGGUCAAGUAUAGAAUCAUCUUUUCAACAAGACGAACCUAGUCUAUGGCACAAAUACUCCAGUUCCAUCAGACGACGAUCUGAAAGCAGUUUGUUUCCAGAUAACCUUCCAGAGAGCUCAGAUGCAAGCGAAUAUUUGAGUAGCUAUGUACCAUCAAGUGACUGGUCCAGUAUAGAAUCAUCUUUUCAACAAGACGGACCUAGUGUAUGGCACAAAUACUCCAGUUUCAUCAGACGACGACUGGGAACUAGCUGGUUUCCAAUCAAACGAGCCCACAGUGCUCAAAACAUCCGUGAACUUCAUGUGCGUCGUCAAUCAAAUGAUAACCAACGCCGAUAUAGGACAUAUUCAUGUAUGAUGAUGUGUCUACGCUGA